AUGGACCAGACCCCGUGCUCCUUUGGGGACGAGGGCAUGUUUGUGUUUUCCCCCAGGAUGCCGAAAGUGCGAGGUGGCUUCCGGAGAGGCUUGUGCGCUUCGCAGGAGAUGGGCGAGCUGGUCAAGGGAGUUCGACAACUGACUCUCCAAGAGCGACCCUACAACCUGGCUCAGACGACGCGGACAGCGGCGGUGCCCACCUGGGGACAGGUGAAGAAGUUGGCGGUUGAAGCAGAACAGACGCUGAUACAGACUUCUACUCCAAAGACAGGAGUCUCAGUGUUCCUGGCGAUGAUGGCUAUCCUAAGCUGCCAAGUACCGAGCGUCCGAGGAGACAUCCACUGGGCCUACGUUCCUGACCCUCCUUUACUUCAUCCAGCUGAAUGGGGCGGACCGUCAGUUCCGGUAUAUGUGAAUGACACUCACACCCUGGGGAUGCCUUCUAUUGGACAUAUACGACCAGAAUUACAUGUGGGUUUUAACUAUUUUGGACAAGGGAAUGGAAUGCCUAUUUGUUUGUCAUUAGAGGGUGAUGUAACGGGAUGUCUACAAAUGGACUCUGUAGUAAUGGCAUCUCCCGGCUGGAUGGUGUUUCUUAAAGGACUGAGCGGAAAGAAGGGAAAGGUAAUCAACAUCACUCCACCCCAGGACUUGCCCCCUUGUGAAAAAGAAUCCCUGACUGCCAAGUACGCUGUGCCAUGGAAAAGCUGUCAUGGUACUCAGGCAGUACAGUAUGUACUCCCAGGAACUAAUUUUUCCAUUUAUGACUGGUCUCAACCCAAUAGGACAGACUCCUUAGAACUGGGAAUGUAUAAGGGAAUAUGGGGAUUAAGUAAUAGGAAAUUCCAAUAUGGGUUAUGGAAGUUAGGAGCAAGUAUGGAUACUCCUCUGGUUCAGAAAGAUAAUAAGGACAUCUCUCGCCUUGGACCAGAGUCAUUACUUUAUACUAAUCUGCCUGAAGAAAGACCUGUCAUUGCCUGUGUGCCUGAACCUUAUGCUCUAUUAGUAGGAAGGAUUAAUAUCACAUUUUCUGGAAAUAGAUACCAGUUACAGUGUGUCCAAUGCAAUUUGACCAACUGUGUCAAGAAUUUAGAAAAAGGAAAACAAGUUGCUGUGGUGCACCAGCCAUCCUUUGUAAUGGUGCCUGUCAAUCUCACUGGCCCCUGGUAUUCAGACAAGGCCUUACAGGUUUGGCAUGAGAUCACAGGGGCACUAUCCAGGCCAAGGAGAUUCACUGGCUUGCUGGUAGCAGGUAUCACAGCCCUCAUCACCUUGAUUGCCUCUGCUACUGCAGCAGCGGUGGCGUUAACUCAGCAAGUGCAAACAGCGCAUUUUGUUAAUAACUUGUCUAAAAAUAUUUCCCAGGCAUUGGGUACUCAGGAAAAUAUUGAUAGGAAAAUAGAGGAGAAACUGAAUGCUUUACAUGACAUGGUACUGUACCUAGGAGGAAAGGUACUGUUCGACUGA